AAAGAAAAAAAAACGAAAAUUUUACAAAAACCGUUUUAAAUGAAAAGGACUUUUAUUUUCGAAUAAUUUAUUGAAUUAUAUAUUUAGUGUUAAAAGUGAACGAAAUGCAUAAAAAUACUUUAUGGUUUAUAUUUGCAAUACUUUGCAUUUAUUUCUCUUUAGUUUUAUGUGAAGAAAAUUCAACGACAUCUGUACAAGAAAUUGAAUCAAAGGAUUCACAUGAUAUAGUAAAGAGAAGUGAUAUAACCGAUCUGGUGGAGGAAGAACAGGGCAGAACAAAGAGAAGACAUCGUCAUCAUUUGUAUGCACAGUGGGGUUUCUAUGGUUUGGCAAUUGCUUAUUUGAUUAAGAUCAAAGUUGUGGUGGUAGCUUUCUUUGUGGGCAGUGCUAUUUACUUGGGAUUACGUUAUUUAUGGCCUCAUAAGUGUGGUGUUGGUUCCAUUUACAAGGAGGGUUCGAUUGUCUUAGAUCAUCCACCGUAUAUUUCCAGAUCCUUUGCUCAUCAUGAUCAUAUACCAUAUUCUUUGGAUCAUGAUCACUAUCAUGAUCAUCAUCAUCAUGUCGAUAGCAGCAGUAGUUCGUUUAGCAGCAGUAGUCCCACCUCCUUUGAACCCUAUUCAGCUUACUCUAGUAAUGCAUUCUCUGCUGAGUCAGAUGGUCCUCCAGAAGCUAUACCCUCGGAUGGUCCUCUAGAAGGCUUUCCUGGGGAUGGUCCUUCAUUUAGAAGCAAACGCAGUGUUGAGAAGAAGGACGAUGUUAAAACCGAAGUAAAGGAAACUCUUAAGAGUCUGGCAAGACAAAUGGUUAUCAGUGAAGAACAAAUUGGGGAAUUUAUGUUUGGUUUCUUGGGCUUAGAUACCAGUGCUUGUCGUCGUCGUUUUAUUUGUGAAAUGGAGUUUAAAUCUAGAGCAAAUCCCUUAACUUCCAUGGGUUUCCGCAUCAUAGGACGAAGUUUCUUUGCCAAAUAUACCAAUGAUCAAAAUCCCAAUGGUAAAGCCAAUAACUUUGGAGAAUGUGCUGCCGUCAAUUCAGAAUGUGUGUUUAUAGAAAAUAAUGAGGAAUUUGAACCUGAAAGCGAACCAACAAAAGAACAAGAUCAUAAUGAAGAAGAAGAAGAAGAUCAUACUGAGACUGCAGAACAACAAUUGGAAACAAAUAACAAUGAAAACGAAGUUACUACCGAAGACAAUUCUUUAGAAAGUAAUGAUAUUUUAGAGAAAGAAAAUGAAAAGAAUUUAAAAGCUGAAUUAAGAAGAAACACCUUUAGAAGGCGUUUUAGAGGAGAUCGUUAUUUGAAAUUGUUGUGAAGUUAGCGUGGCCUAGUAAAGUAGAAAAUAAGUAGAGAAUUAACCAAAUGUAUAAAAUUUUAAACAUUAUUUAUUUAAAUUAUUUAUUUAUUAUUAGUUUUAAGUUUUAAAAUAAAAACUUGCCUAAUUUAUUAAAAAACCUA